AUGCUCUUAUUCAACACAUUGAUUGUGUUACUAAUUGAGGUUGGUUUAUGUUAUAAUUGUAAUUCAAAUAAUGGUCAAUUUGGAUGUAAUGGAAAUGAUAUUGCUAUGAAAGCAUCUGCUGAAGAAUCAAGAUGGCAAACUCCACCAAGAGGAAGUGAAGAUUGGAUUGAAAGUUAUCAAGGAUAUUCACAUGUUGUUGGAUAUGCUAGAAUUCAAUAUAAAGAUACUUCUAGAACUGCUGCUACUGUUACAGUUGUACCAACUGUUAACCCAAAAUAUAAUAUCAAAAAGAUAACAUAUGAAUAUAAUGGUGUUCCAUCUGAAUCAGAAGUUUAUGAAGUUUCAAAGGAAACACUUCCAGAAGAAGAUUUAAAGAUUAGAAUUAUUGUUCAUAUGGAUGGAGAUAAUAAAGAGUACAUUGACCUUGAACCACUUGAUUUUGUUUGGAGUAUUCCAGCUGCUAAUUUAGCACCAAAUUAUAAUAAAGGACAAAAAGGAGGAAUUGUAGAAUUAUUUGGAUGGCCAUUUGAAGAUAUUGGAAAAGAAUGUGAAUUUAUUGGAAAAGCAGGGUGGUUAGCUGUUAAAGUCUAUCCACCACAAGAUGCAGUUUUAUCAUUUGAUCAACCACAAGAUAAUUUAUUAAAUCCAUGGUAUUGGAUUUAUCAACCAGCAUCAUAUUCAUUAAAUUCAAGAAUGGGAACAAGAAAACAAUAUAGAGAAAUGGUAAAAGCAUGUAGAAAACAUAAUGUAUUAGUUUAUAAUGAUAUGGUAUUAAAUCAUAUGUCAGCAGGUGGAAAUGAUGUAUUAAAUCAUUGUAAUGGUGGUAAUUUCUGGGGACCAAAAGAUUCAACAACACACAAACCAUAUUUUGGAUUAUCAUUUAAUUAUGGAAAUGAUAAAUAUACUGGAAAAAUUAAUACAGUAGAAUAUCCAGGAGCUGCUUAUGGACCAUUACAUUUCCAUUGUGAAAGAUCACUUAAUUCAUGGAGUGAUGGAUUUAUUAUGAAUGCGGGAUGGUUAGUUGGAUUAUCAGAUCUUGCAACAGAAAAUGAAUAUGUUAGAGAUAGAAUUGCUACAUGGAUUGUCGAAAACCUUGGAGCAGGAGCUUCAGGAAUUAGAAUGGAUGCUGCUAAACAUAUUAGACCAGACGACAUUGCAGCAAUCUUUGGAAAAGUUAAAACAUAUAUGGGAGGUGCACUUCCGGAUGAUUUUAUGGCAUAUUUAGAAGUGAUUCUUGGAGGAGAAGGAGAUUUGUUAUGGUGUAAUUAUGGUGAUUAUCAAUAUUCUAAAUACUUUACAGAACAAUUAGGUAAAGUUGGAUUAAGUCAAAGUGAUAUAAAGAAAAUUAAAAUUUGGCAAUCAUGGUAUCCAGCUGAAUGGGGUAAAUGUGAAGAAAAUAGUGAUUAUGAACGAUUAGUUAUUGAAAAUGAUGAUCAUGAUCAACAAAAACCAGGAUCAUCAUCAAGAGAUAUGCAUGAUCAAGGAUCUGUAUUAGUUAAAGAAAAAGAUAUUGAUAGACAUAGACAAUUUGAAAUUCAAUUAUUCUCAAGAACUGAUAGAAAUUGGACACAUCGUUUAUUAUUAUCAUCUUAUACUUUAAUGGAUGGAGCUAAUGGUAACGAUGGAUUCCCAGAUGGAUUUUCUGAUUGUUCGUUAUGUACUGGAGAGUGGUGUGGGUCAUGUAAAUCAAUUCCAAAAAGACAAGCGUAUGUUGCUGAUGCAGGAGGAUAUACUGUUGAAGGAUGGAGAGGAUCUGAUUAUACAAGAACACAUAGAGAUAUUCAAAUAAUUAAUGCAAUGAGAGGAUGGAUGGGACUUGGUUCUAUUUCAGCCAAAGAAUUAGGAAUUAAAGAAAAUAAAUAA